AUCAUUUUGAACAGUUCUGUUGUGUGUAACGUUUUCUUCAAAAGGUGUCUGCUCCUCUUCUUUUCUCACUUCCCAUUUCUCCAUUCCAACAUGACAUCCUCCACCAUCCCCAUCAUCAACGACAUCUCCAUCCUUUACUCCGAACCAAAGAUCGACUCUGCCCGCGCGCGAUGGGUCGAGCUCUCCACCCAGUUCGAGAACCUCUACGGCCGUAUCCCUGACUUCAUCGCCCGCUCCCCCGGCCGUGUGAACCUCAUCGGUGAACAUAUCGACUAUGCCGGUUUCGGUGUUCUGCCCAUGGCCAUCGAAGAUGAUUGCCUUAUCGCCGUCGCCAUUGAUCACUCCCAAUCUGCCGUGAAGCUCGCGAACCUCAACCCCGAAUAUACCACCCUGGAGUUCUCGCCUAAAUCCCGUCAAGACGGCAUAGUCCCUAUCAACCCAGAGGCCCACAUCUGGUCCAAUUACUUCUUGGCCGGAUACCGCGGCGUCCUUGAGGAGUUCCGUGUCGAACAACCCAAAGGUAUGCUUUGUCUCAUGAGCGGAACUGUCCCCACUGGUGCCGGUCUCUCCUCCUCCUCAGCCGUCGUCUGUUGUUCCGUCAUCGCGACUGUCAAGGCCCAAGAACCCCUCCUGCCCCAGGACAAGAAGUCACCCUCGGCUCAUGAGCUCGCCAUUCUUUCCAUCCGCUCUGAGGGCUACGUCGGCGCCAUGGUCGGUGGCAUGGACCAGGCCUGCUCUAUUCUCUCAAAACCCAACUCGGCUCUCUUCAUCGAAUUCCACCCAGUGCUUAAGGUCACCCCGGUCCAUUUCCCCAAGACUCUCCCACCCAUCGCCUUCGUCAUCGCGGACACGCUCGUCACCUCCAACAAGGCUGUCACGGCUCCCGUGUGCUACAAUCUCCGCGUCGUCGAAACCCGUGGCGCAGCCAGGAUCCUGGCCCUGGCUUUGGGAAUCCCGAUCCCGGCAACUGGCAAGCUGCACCUGAAGCAGGUCUUGGAUGCGCAUUUUGACAAGAUUGGCUACGAAUCUGCUGGCAAGACCGAGGCCGAGACUGACAUUGAGAAGCUGACGGAGAUGACCAAGGUUGUCGAGCGCGUCUUUGGCACGGAGGAGAUUAAAUCCGGGGUCUCGUUCGCAAAAAUGUGCGAGCUCGCAGGACUAAGCGAGCAAGAAUUCACAAGACUCUAUAUCCAGCAACCGAUUCGUACUGAAAAGUUUCAUCUGUACCGCCGUGCCAAGCACGUCUACAGCGAGGAAAAACGCGUGGUUCAGUUCAGGAAUAUCUGUGAAAAGUCGAUGCGGCAGGAACAGGACGUCGUUGCUGAGACGCUGUUUACGCAACUGGGUGAGUUGAUGGAUGCAUCGCAGGAUUCAUGCCAUGCGCUAUUUGAUUGCUCGUGUGAUGAGCUCGAGGAAUUGACGGCCUUGGCCCGUCGUGCGGGCGCGUAUGGAUCGAGAUUGACGGGCGCUGGAUGGGGUGGAGCGACGGUUUCGUUGGUGGCCGAGGACAAGGUGCCCGAGUUCAUUGAGUACCUAAAGAAGGAAUUUUAUGCGAAGCACCAUCCGAAUUUGACUGGAGAAAAACUCAACCGCGCCGUCUUUGCCACCGCGCCCUCCAGUGGAGCCGCGACCUUUGUGGGACACCUCUAACCCUGCUCGCUUCGUGUAUAUAGUGGCUCCACUCAAUUCAUAUGUGUUGAUGUGUUUGCAGUUAUGGAGGUUGGCACAAAAGCCAUGCAAAAUAAAUUUUACAUUUUUCCCGUGGA